AACAAUGCUUGAAGUUAUUAUAUCUGAGUGGAUUAGAUGUAUUAAUGAAUAUUAUAGAAUAAACAGGGAUGGAAAUUAUAAAUUUGUAGUAUCUAAUAUAGAUAAUAAAUUAAAAGAUGAUAUGUUUGAAUUUAUAAAAGCAAACAAAACUUUAGUACAAGAACAAGCAAAUGCUUCUAUUAUACAAUCACAUACACAAGCAUAUUAUACAAGUCGUAAAUUUACUGAAAUCUUAAAUACUGGUUGUCUUGAAUGUGAAGUUAAUAUUUAAUAAUUCUGUUGUUUAUUCUUUAUUUGUUAGGCUAUUUGUCAGUUGUUAUAUUGCAAUUUUUACUAAAA